AAACGGCGCUGAUGUAAAUGGCAAGGAUACUACUGACGGGUUGACAGUGUUACAUUAUGCUGUUUCUUACGGUUCAUUAGAAAUGGUAAAAUAUCUUGUUGACAUUGGGGCUGAUGUAAAUGGAAAAAAACCCGGUGGGUGGACAGUGCUGCAUGACGUUGUUACUAAAGGUACGCUGGAAAUGUUAAAAUACCUGGUUGAACAUGGCGCUGAUGUAAAUGCCAAAAACAAUGCCGGGUAUAGUGUGCUUUACGUUGCUAUUUCUAAAGGUAAGCUAGAAAUGGUAAAAUAUCUAGUUGAAAAAGGCGCUGAUUCAAAUAGCAAGAGAACUAACGGGUGGACAAUCUUGCACAGUGCUGUUACUGAAGGUUCGCUAGAAGUGGUAAAAUAUCUUGUUGAAAAUGGCGCUGAUGUGAAUGGCAAGGAUACUAACGGGGAGACAGUCUUGCACUACACUGUUGGGAAAGGUGCGCCGGAUAUAUUAAAAUAUCUUAUUGAAAUGGGCGCAAAUGUUGACGAAAAGCAGAAUGACGGGCGAACAGUGCUGCACCAUGCUGUUACUAAAGGUACGCUAGAAAUGGUGAAAUAUCUUGUCGAACAUGGCGCUGACGUAAACGGCAAGGAUACUAACGGAGUGACAACUUUGGACGCUGCUGUUGGGGCUGGUGUACUGGACAUCGUCCAAUAUUUAAUGAAACAAGGCGCAAAGGCUACUGCUGGGAGAGUUCUUCAUCAUGCUGUUAGUGUUGGUGAAUUAGAUAUGGUAAAAUAUCUUGUUGAACAAUUAGCUGCUGAUGUAAAUGACAAGGAUGCUGAUGGACAGACACUCCUGCACGUCGCUGUCGAUGCUGGUGCAUUAGAAAUUAUCAAAUAUUUAAUUGAACAGGGUGCUGACAUAACUCUUAAAAGUAAAAUCAGCUUUCAUACUCUUGGCUUUGACACCAUGAAAAUAGCUGUUGUAAACAACUUCGUUGCUUUGGUCGAUCUUCUUUUUGAAAAGAACAUCGCUUGGUGGAGACGUUGGACAUUUCUUGUUGAAGGAAAGCAAAUGAGUCUUCUUGAAUGGAGUAUUCACCUUGGUCAUGAUGAAAUUACAACUAUCCUCAAGAGGUCCAUAAAACAUUCUUUGAAAAUUCGGACGUUGAAAACAAUGAAUUGCAACCAGUUAGAAGAGGUUGAAACACCGAUGCAAGUUUUUGUCGCAAGCAAUCAAUUCAAAAUUGGUGCUGGCGGUUUUUCGUGUGUCUAUGUUGGUGUCAUGAAGGAUGGAAGUGAAGUUGCUGUUAAGAGAAUUUUCGUGCAAAAUGACGAUAAAACAGUUGAAAACGAAUUAGGAAUCAUGAAUCUCAUCAAGACAAACAAAUCGCCAUUUAUAGUGAGCUAUCGACAUUUUCACCGUGACGAUACCUUCAUGUAUCUUAUUGUUGAUCUUUGCGAAGAAAACUUGAGGGAACUUGUUCAUGCAUGCAGUAUUGAACUUCUACAAGAGCAAGGUCCACGAAUGAUUUGGGAAAUUCUAUCCGGACUUGAAUUUCUUCAUGGUAAAGGAAUAUUGCACAGAGAUCUAAAACCAUCAAACGUCCUGGUUGAUAUCGAAGGUCGCAUGAAAUUGGCAGAUUUUGGAAUAAGCCGCGUUCUAAAUGACGAUGAAACGACAGUCGAAACAUUCGCUAAAGGUACUCGUGAUGGAUGCCGCCGAAGUAAUCAAGGCAAUAGACAAAGAUGA